AUGUCUGGGGAGAUGGAAAAACUCCGAGUGAACCCCCGCCUCUUUUACCCGCCUUCUUCCGUUUAUAGCCCAUCGCACGCAUCAGCCAGCCAAUUCGCCGCUCUGUGUUUGUUUAAAAAUGUCUCCCUGAGAUAUUCUUUUGCUUUUUACUCGAAUCCAGUCAAUUUUUUUUCUUUUGCUCUCUCUCUUUUCAAUCGUUCAUCGUCGUCUGCUUUCAAAUGUUUUCUUCCUUUAUCAUACAUUUUCUUUCUUUUUUCCGCUACGAUUCUUUCUUUCUUUCUUUCUUUCUUUCUUUCUUUCUUUUUUCAGUACAAGUUUUAUUCCUUUAUCAUACAUUUUCUUUCUCUUUUUCCGCUACGAUUCUUUCUUUCUUUCUUUCUUUCUUUCUUUCUUUCUUUCUUUCUUUCUUUUAGAUUCUUUCUUUCUCUUUCUUUCUUUCUUUUCUUUCAUUCUUUCUUUUUUUCUUUUUUCUUUCUUUUUCUUCUUUCUUUCUUUCAUUCUUUCGAUUUUUUUUUUCUUUUUUACUUUUUCUUUCUUUUUCUUUUCCGUUCUUUCUUUCUUUCUUUCUUUCUUUCUUUUCUUUUUUAUUUAUUUAUUUCAGUUACAUGUUUUUUCUUUCUCUUUUAUCAUACAUUUUCUUUCUUUUCCGCUUUUCUUUCUUUUUUCUUUCUUUCUUUCUUUCUUUCUUUUUCUUUCUUUUUCAGUACAUGUUUUCUUCCUUUAUCAUACAUUUUUCUUUCUUUUCCCGUUCUUUGUUUUAUUUAUUUUUUCUUUUUCUUCUUUUAUCAUUCUUUCUUUUUCUUUUUUCUUUCUUUCUUUCUUUCUUUCUUUUCUUUUUCUUUUCAGUACAUGUUUUCUUCCCUUUAUCAUACAUUUUCUUUCUUUUCCCGCUCUGAUUCUUUCUUUCUUUCUUUCUUUCUUUCUUUCUUUUUUUUUUUCUUUUUUCUUUCUUUCAGUACAUGUUUUCUUCCUUUAUCAUACAUUUUCUUUUCUUUUCUUUUUUUCGUUCUGAUUUCUUUCUUUCUUUUCUUUUUUCCAGUUCUUUCUUUCUUUAUUUCGAUUUUUUUUCUUUCUUUCUUUCUUUCAGUACAUUUUCUUUCUUUCUUUCCAUUAUUUCAUACAUUUUCUUUCUCUUUUUUUCGCUACGAUUCUUUCUUUCUUUCUUUUCUUUCUUUCUUUCUUUCUUUCUUUCUUUCUUUCUUUCUUUCUUUUCUUUCAAUACAUGAUUUCUUCCUUUAUCAUCAUACGUUUUUUUUUUCUUUUUCCGUUCUGAUUCUUUCUUUCUUUCUUUUAUUCUUUCUUUCUUUCUUUCAUCCUUUCUUUCUUUCUUUCUUUUCUUUCUUUUCUUUCUUUCUUUCUUUCUUUCAAUUUCAAUACGAUUUCUUCCUUUAUCAUACUUUUUUUUUUCUUUUUUUCCGUUCUGAUUCUUUCUUUCUUUCGAUCUUUCUUUCUUUCUUUCUUUUCUUUUCUUUCUUUCAAUUUCAUGAUUUCUUUUCUUUAUCAUACGUUUUCUUCUUUUUUUUUUCCGUUCUCUUUUCUUUCUUUCUUUCUUUCGAUCUUUCUUUUCUUCUUUUUCUUUCUUUCAAUACACGAUUUCUUCCUUUAUCAUACGUUUUCUUUUUUCUUUUCCGUUCUGAUUCUUUCUUUCUUUCUUUCUUUCUUUCUUUCUUUCUUUCAUCCUUUUAUCAUACUUUUCUUUCUUUCGUUCUUUCUUUUUCUUUCUUUCAAUACAUUCUUUCUUCCUUUAUCAUUCUUUUUUCUUUCUUUUUUUUUCGUUCUGAUUCUUUUCUUUCUUUUAUCUUUCUUUUUUCUUUCUUUCUUUCUUUCUUUUUCUUUCUUUUUUCUUUUUCUUUUCUUUCUUUCUUUCAAUACAUGAUUUCUUCCAUUAUCAUACGUUUUCUUUUUCUUUUUCCGUUCUGA